UAAUAUUUUUUCCAAGUAAUUUAAGUUAGUAAUCGCCAUAAAUAUGAUGAACUAGUGAGUGAGUGUUUAUGGGUUUUGUGAAGAGCGCGAGAGCCCCGAGGAGGUCAGUCUUUCUUCCCUCGUGAGCCGCCACCAUGAAGGCUUCUGGCUUGCUUAAGGAGUACAGCGUAAUAGGGCGCAAGCUGCCCUCGGACAGCGACCCCGAGCCCCAGCUGUACAAGAUGAGGAUCUUCGCACCGGACAGAGUGACGGCAAAGUCCCGCUUCUGGUACUUCUUGUCUAAGCUCAAGAAGAUGAAGAAGGCCAGCGGAGAGAUCGUAUCUAUCAAGCUGGUGGUGGAGCGCAAGCCUCAGGUGGUCAAGAACAUCGGCAUCUGGCUUCGCUACGAUUCCCGCUCCGGCACUCACAACAUGUACCGGGAAUACCGUGACUUGACUGUGUCCGGCGCUGUCACCCAGUGCUACAGGGACAUGGGGGCCAGGCACAGGGCACGGGCACACUCCAUCCAGAUCAUGCGUGUCGAAACCGUGUCCAGCGGGAAGUGCCGUCGCCCGCUGACCACACAGUUCCACAAUUCCAAGAUCAAGUUCCCUUACCUCUCCCACAACAAGAAGAAGAACAUGAAGAGGGACCGCAUCACCUACGGACGCCCCAUCCCCAAGUGCUUCUAGAGGAGGUUGUGUUGAUGGAAAUAAAGAAAGAUCGAGUGAA